GCCGGCCCCCUCCGUCCCUACCGACUGUUACCGCAGGUAGACGGAAAUACGGGGUGCGAAGACAACAUAAAAUUAUCAUUAGAUCAUCAACCCCAACCCCACCGCCCUUCCAUGCCGCUUUCCCACUCUCCCGCCCUCCCCCGCCUCCCUGCGACUCAAAAAAACAAAUAAAAAUCCCUGACCCUAUUUUUCCACUUCGAUUUUUUCCAAUCCGAUGUGAGAUAGAUUGAAAUCGUGGUCUCUGGGGGACGAUUACGAAGAAAAGGAAGAGGAAGAGGAGAGGUGGAUCGAGGUGGUGGUUCCCCGGCUCGCUCCGUCGACAUGCCGUCCGGUGCGAAGAAGAGGAAAGCGGCCAAGCGCAAGAAGGAGCAGGAGGAGAAGGAGAAGGCGAUGGGAAGCAUCCCCGACUCACCCCUUUGCCCAACUGAUGACCCUCCUCCUUCCCCUCCCGCUCCCCUUCAACUCCAGGGUAAUGAUCGCAAGGAUCGGACGGCCCAUGACGACGGGAAGACGCCAUUCGCGACACUGUCUCAGGUGAACGAGGAGGAAGGGGAGGGAGUUCCUAGGUCUGAAUGCGUUGCUGUUGAUCUGGCAACGGAGAGCUCGGAGAAUGAGGUUAAGGUGCAAGGAAUGGCUGCUGCAGCGGCGGAAGAGGGUCCUCCCGCACCAAAAGAUGAGUUGGGCGUCGAGAUUGUUCGGUCUGAGAAGGGAGAGCCCUGCGACGCCGAGGGUGCCAAGGAGUUGGUUAUUCAUGUCGAACAGAGUGAUGUCGCGAGUAAGGAGGUGAAACGAGAAAAGGCAUCCCUGGCUGAGACUCCGAAAGAGGCAUCGGCUGUGACGGAUCCUCCUCCAUCCCAUGAAUCUGAAGUGAAGGCAGUGCCUUUGCCGGAAGAGGAUGCAGUCGAAGAGCAGCCUCAUGCGAGUGGGGGAGCCGGCCAAGGUACUGGUACAGCAGAGAUGGUGCCGAAUACUGAGGUAGUGCAUCGUGCGAGAUGGUGGAAUUGUUGUGGACUGCUUGAUGUUCUUGCGCGCUCUGAAAGAUAAUCUCAGCAGAAGUGUGCAGAGAGGAGUUUUUGCUUUCAGCUUGGGGAUCUUGGAGAAAUAAAAGGAUUAAGCGAAAAUUUAGGGCUGGUUAUUGAAAGUUUAUUUGUCAUGCAACCAACCCAGUCAUUAGUGUGAUAGACUAAAUGAUUUGGUUAACCGCAUCUCAUGAAAGUUUCCUUUUCUCUUUAAUUGAUCAUGUGUGAUGGUUAUAUGCAUGGAAAGGCUAGCAUGCAAACAUGUUUAGUCAUUUUUGGAUCCUUUUUUUGUAAGAUCUAGUAGUAGUGAACUAUUUUUUUAAUGAGCCAGUGUUGCAUAUGAUCUGAUAUUAGUUUGUUUAAAAUUUUUAUCUACUUAAUAUUUAGUUUCUUAGUCUCUUCCAAUAUAUCUGAAAUGCAUGGUUCUUUUAAAAUUUUUUAAUCCAUAUGUCUUCUUGUUAAGUUAAUAUCAACAUAAUAAUUUAGGUCACUAACAAUUUCAAUGUUAACCCUGAUUUGAUCAUGAGAUUUUAGCUCAUUGAUUACCCAAGCAUUGUCACUUGUGAGGGCUUUUUAUCAAAACUAAUAGCUGUGGGAAUGAUAUUGGUUGGGUUCUUUUUGAUAGAUAUAGGAAUAAUAAUAUAUUCAGGGCCAAGGACUUUUGAAACAAAACUUAGUUUUUCCUCUUAAUUUAAUGGUUUCUCUUAUUACAGAGCUUUUUUAAGGAUAUUAUAUUCUGGUGCAUAAAAUAGAUGCAACUGUAAGAACCUUCACAAAAUCAAUGCUAUUUUCAAGAGUAAAUGGUUGUUGUAAUUACUCCACAAAUCUUUCUGUAUGUUCUAACUGCGAAGCAAUAUAGUCCUCCAUGUAUGAUAAUCAUGGAGGUCAAGAAUUGGUCAUUUUUUGAAGUAAAAUUCUUUAUACUUUUCUAGGACUUGAUCACUUGAAGAAUAAAACUCGUGUAAAAAGAAGUAAAGUGACCAGGAAGUAGAGUAUUGCUCCUCUUCUAUUGUCAAUUAAUAUACCGAGUAAUGUUUAUUAAUCCUUUCACAGUUAUAAAAUAAUGAACUUCAGUUUGCAUAGCCACUUAUAACCAUUUAACAAAUAAACUAAAAAAAUAAAUAGGAGUAAUUACUGCCUGUUAUGUCCCUCGUAUGGUAAUAGACGGAUUUGUUCUUGAUUCUUCGAUAAUUGCAGUUUUGAUUACAAAUGCUAGUUUUUACAGACGUAGUCACUGUGGGUCUGGUUCCAUAUCCAAUUCCACCACUAAUGUCGCCGGAUGUAUUUGCAGUCAAAUCUGCUGUUUUAUUUCUCUCCCCAUUUGUAAGAGAUUCUGGGAUUGGUAAUUUGGAUAUAUUCUUCCACAUUAUGAGAGUAUAUUCUUGAUUUCACUUCAUUUUGCUCCCUUUGGGCAUGAAGCCUGCAUGUCAAUCUUUCUUUUGUUUCUCCAGCUGAUUGUUCAAGCCUUCAAAAACAUCCUUGAGAUCUUGGAAGCGGACAUGCCAUCUAUGAUCAUCUGUGGGAAAUAUGCAUAUCAGUAUUCCCUCCACUCUUUCUUAUUCACCUACCAUUACCUGCAUUACUAUCCUUAGUAUGUCAGUAGUGCUCUUUUUUUUUUAAUUUUUAAACAUGCUGUGGGCAUCAAGCCUCGUCUCGACUAUCCUAGUUCUGCUACAUGGAUCCUCAUCCACCAAGUAUUCCUAUUUAGAGUUUGGAUCAAUUUCACUGUGAUAUGUUUCUUAAGAUAGGCUGUCAACCUAGCAUCAGUCUUCCAUCUUUUUCAUCCAGAUCCUGGAUUGGACUCGGGGAUGCUGAUUGUUGUUGAAUGAUCCUCAUAUUUUUCCCCCUCCACUUGAAUUGAAUUUUGUAGCUUUGUCCUUUAACAUGCAAACCCGAGUGCUCAAGAGCUGUCUAAUUCGAACACUCUUAAGUGAGCUGUCAACUCUUUAUGGUUUUCUUGUGAUGAAUUCCAUCUAAAGUAUGAUAGAACAUUCUAUUAGUAUCUACAAAUAAUAGUAAAGUAAGUAGAAAGAAAACAUGAUCUAUUGAAAAUCUAUAACAAUAGGUUCAGUUGUUUUAUUCACUGGAAUCUAAUUAGACUCUAAAUUCUCCCUAGUCUAAUAUGUCUGGUGAUAUGUAUGAGUUCUGUAAUCCACUAAGUCCAGCAGCUUCAUUUCCCGAAUUUUCUUUGCCCUGGUCCACCUUUUUCCUGAUAGAAGUUUGUCUGCUUGAUAAUGCACAUGGUGUCUUUGUUAGUGAUCUUAUUCAUUAUUAUGUCAAUAUCCUUUUAGAUGGGGUUGGAUAGAGGAAAGCAUUUAUCUAAUAGUUUUGCAGAACAUCUAAUCUAUUCAAUCUUCUUGCUGAGGGUGCAUGAUUAGCCUUUCAACCUUUCAGCUUCUGUUUGAUUUGAUUGAGGAAAGAAAACACUUAUUUUUAUUUCAUGGGUAGAAGAGGGCAUCAUGGGUAGAGAGCCUUACGUAAUAUUGAGAGAACCUUGCAGACUCUCCUUAUCUUAGGAAAUAGAUUACUUAGAAGCAGGCCCACAGGUCUUUACGCUCAUUGACUGCUGAAGGUUUUUAUUUUCUCUAGAUGUUACAUGGGUGAGUUAGGAGUUGUAGUUGCUUUACUUGCAUCAGAGU